GAAGAGGGGGGGGUUAAACCCGUCGCCAGGAGAUUAGAGGCAGAUAAGCGAGGAAGAACAAGGCGCUUCUCCAACCGAGACCUUCCACUUGGCGAUCGGAGGCGGAACGUCAGGUUCAGGAGCUGGAGAGAGAGAGAGAAUAAAACACAAGAAGGCACAGGCAAAGAUCAACCGCGGCAGGAAGGCAGCGCGGUGGGUCUGCCUUUUUACUCACGAGAAGCCCAGUGCCAAAUAACAAGAAGGGCGGGAUUUGCUGGAUGCGAAGGAAAGCCUGAACGGACCGCUACUUUGAAGCAGGACCUGCUGACUUCGAUUUCCAGUCGCUUCUGGAGCUUUUCUUGCCCGCUUUCUUCCGGGGCUUUAAACACUACUACUACUACUAUUACUACUUGUAUGUUUUUUUAUUUAACUGUUUUAAUGUGGACAGCUGCAUGAUCGCGGGAUCUCCAGAAAGGGCCCCCAUCGGCUGGGCUGGAGCCCCAACUUGACCCCCCUCCCGCAAAAGAGUGGAAAGUGUGGGGGAGAGGGAGUACCCGCCUUUGUGGAUCCGACUGAGUGUCCCCCCCCCCCCCGCGCGCGCCGCCGCCUUCUCCUCCCCUCCUCCUCCUCCUGCGCGCUGCCCGCUCUUGGCUUUCAGGUUAACUUCGCUUUGCCAGAGGCGGGCGAACCGAGGCUGCGGCGGCGGGCGCAGAAGGGAGAGCGAGCGAGCGAGCUAGGCAGGGCGCGCGCUACCCGCGCCGAGGGAGACGCAGCCGCGGAGCGCAACGAGGGACCGCUCGCUUCGCGCGGACGAGAGUUGGCUCGCUUCCCCUUCUACCCCCCCCCCAGCCUUGUGGCAAAGGGACAGAGGGAGGCACCGCUGCCGGGAGUGCGCCCAGCUCGCCGCGAUAAAUUGGAUUGACUCUCUCAAGCUGCCCAGUUGAUCCUCCGCGCCACCCCUCCCCCCUCCCCUCUGGCCUUCCGAUGACUCUGGACUAAAAAAGAUCGCCCUCCUCCCCACCCACCCCGGUGUCCGCACUCCCCCCACCCCUCUUUUUCCUUUUUGGCUGGACUCUGCGCGAGCUGGAGGCGAACAAACUGAAACCAUGAAGCAGCAGCUGUCGGCUUCGGAGAUGCCCGCUGGCAACUGACCGCCGGGAGGCCGCCGGGCGACUCGGGCUCUCCAGGAUCGCACCCUCUCCGCCCGCCCCCCGCCCUGCCGCUCUCGGCGGACCGGCUCCCAACUUGCCGCCUUGCCUCCCGCCGACCUGCUCGCUGGCUGGCCAGCCGAGGGGGACGCCCGGAUCCGGCUCGCCGGCCUCCCCCUGUCCUCCCCAACAUAGCGCCCCCUUGAGCUCCGCGCACCACUCUCGGGCGCUCGCCGGCUCGGAUCGCCGCGCCGGACCUGCCUGGAGCUCGGCAUGGACGGGGCGGCUCGGAGGGGGGCCCUGGCCGCGCUGCUGCUGCUCCUGCUGCUGGCCGCCUGCUGGCUGGUGCUGGGCGCCGGUGCCUCGCCGACCCCUCCCGGAGCCGCCCCGCAGCAGGACACUUGCACCUCGUGCGGCUUCCGGCGGCCUCCCGAGGAGCGCGGGGCCGUGGACGGCGAUUUCCUGGAGGCCGUCAAGCGGCACAUCCUGAGCCGCCUGCAGAUGCGAGAGCGGCCCAACAUCACCCACGCCGUGCCCAAGGCGGCCAUGGUCACGGCGCUGCGCAAGCUGCACGCCGGGAAGGUGCGCGACGACGGCCGCGUCGAGAUCCCCAGCCUGGACGGCCAGGCCAGCGGCGGCCCCGCGGCGCACGAGCAGCUCUCCGAGAUCAUCAGCUUCGCCGAGACAGAUGACCUGGCUUCCUCUCGAGUGCGCCUCUAUUUCUUCAUUUCCAACGAAGGGAAUCGGAACUUGUUUGUGGUUCAAGCCAACCUGUGGCUUUACUUGAAGCUGCUUCCAUAUGUCUUGGAGAAAGGCAGCCGGCGGAAAGUAAGAGUCAAAGUGUAUUUCCAAGACCCGGACACUAGCAGCAAGUGGAAUGUGGUUGAAAAGAAAGUUGAUCUCAAAAGAAGUGGCUGGCACACAUUUCCCAUGACAGAACCAAUCCAGGCUCUGUUUGAGAAAGGGGAAAGAAGACUGAACUUGGAUGUUCAGUGCGAAGGCUGCGAAGAGUAUUCAGUGCUGCCAAUUUAUGUGGACCCCGGGGACGAGUCUCACCGGCCUUUUUUAGUGGUGCAAGCCCGCUUGGCUGACAACAAGCACAGAAUCCGGAAAAGAGGCCUGGAGUGUGAUGGCAGGACCAAUUUAUGUUGCAGGCAACAGUUUUUCAUUGACUUUAGACUCAUUGGAUGGAAUGACUGGAUCAUAGCGCCACAUGGUUACAAUGGGAAUUACUGUGAAGGGAGCUGCCCGGCCUAUUUGGCUGGCGUCCCGGGCUCAGCUUCCUCUUUUCACACCGCAGUGGUGAAUCAGUACCGCAUGCGAGGGCUGAACCCAGGCACUGUGAACUCCUGUUGCAUCCCGACCAAACUUAGCUCGAUAUCCAUGCUGUACUUUGAUGAUGAAUACAACAUCGUGAAGAGGGACGUUCCCAAUAUGAUUGUGGAAGAAUGUGGUUGCGCCUGAUUUGGGGAAGGGGUGUGUUUGACAAGGGACAGGAGGUCUAGGACAUUCCCAUACAGAAAUGGAAUUAGAAGGGUGGUUUUUGCUGCAUAUUCUUCCAGGCAUGGAUGUUUUAUAUAUAUAUAUAUAAAAUCACCGCAGAGAGGCAACAGCAGCAAGGAGCAGCGAUUACAACAGCAGCAAAGAUAUGUGUAUUGUUUCACUCUGUUGUCAGGGCCGUGGCAGUUCGUGGUUCUCGGACACUAAACUAUGCUACCACUUAUAGACUAAUGCUAUGAAGUACCUUAAUCCCACCCACACACCCAAGGACACAAAGCACACACACACACAGAGAGAGAGAGCGAUACACACAAACACACACGGUUGCAUGAUGCAGAUUGGAGGAUAGAAGCAAGUUUAAACAAAGAAAGGAAAGGGAGUUAAAUGUCUGCCAGUGAUUAAAAAACAAUACAGUGGGCCAAUAGCCAUUUCAUCUGUCAGCCAGCCGGCCAUGUGUUUAGAAUGAAACCACAGGGAAGCACAAAAAGAGAAAACAGUCUAAUAUAUUCGCAUACGCAGGUAUUUAAGUGACCAAACGACCAACCUUCACCUCUAAGGUCUAAAAAAAAGGGAAGGAGUAGCAGGCUACCUGAUUUACAGCAUGAUGAGCCCUUCCUCUUGAGGUUAAACAUAAUGUGUAUAUAUAUAUAUUUUUAAAGAAAUCACAAAUGGCCUAUAGCACUUCCAGAGUAGAAUAUUGCUACAAGAGAAAUAUACUUAAGCAAGUACCAUGAGCUUAAUAUAAUGACAGUUGCUGUAUUCUUCUGAAUGGUAUGUUGGCAUGAUUUCAUGCUUUUAACGGGCUAUGAGAUACUCCCAUCCUCACCCCAUGUGGGAUCGGUAUCCUGGCCGCAUCAUCUCAAAAAGGGCUUGGGUCCAUCCUGUCCCCAUUUUUUGUUCGCUAUUCAUCUCGACAGUCUUCACCUUCUCAGAACAUCGGCGACAUCAAAAGUUGCAGCUUGUGUCCCGUGUCAGGGGAAUCAGCAAGAGCAGGCUUGGUGCGGCUGGGGAGGAGUAACAGGGAGAAGAGGAAACGGAUGGUGGUGAUGAUGAAUUAUAGCCACACAGUGGAUACAUUUUGAGGGAGUGUAUGCGGGUGUGGAAAUGCAAGGCGUUUUGUAACGGUUGAGGAACAUUGGAGAAGACUUACGGGUGGGGGGGGGAACGAGAGUGGGGAGAGGGUUUUUUUAAUUAAAAAAAAACCCUUCCCAGAGUAUGUCAAGGAUGGCUGCAGAGCUCAAACCCCACCCCCCAUGCUACAGCAUAGCACUCGCAAACUGCUUGAAUGCACAUUAUUAUAGCACUUGCAGAUUUCAAUGCCUUGAAUGGUUGGGACUUGAUGGUGCACUUCUCUUUGCUCACUUAUCUCUAGGUUAAAAACAAGUGCCGCAUGAGCUAUGCAAUUUUUAAAAAAGUGUUGACCCAUACUAGACGAAACUGGACUGAAAUGAGAUGACUUUUUAAUAUUUUUUUUAUACUUGAAAUUAAAUCUUUUGCUUCUUUUUUUUAAAAGCGAAUGAUUGCUUUUCAUGUUUGCACUGAUGUAGUUGCACGACUUAGUCAAGAGAAAACUGCCAUUUGAAGAAGAAGAAAAAAGGUUAUUUUUAUAGCAGCAAUAAUAAUAAUAAUGAUGAUGAUGAUGAACACAGUGAAAUGUAUUAUACAUAAGAUUUUGGAACCAAAGAGGCCAACAUAUUAAUUGUAAUUUUUAUCAGAUGGCAAGGUCAUCAUAUAUCUAUAUAUCAUGUAAUGAUACUGAAUA